CUCUUUCACGGAGGCUGAGGGGAUGGAAACAUCUGCCCCACGUGCCGGAAGCCAGCGGGUGGCGACAACAACUGGCUUACCGGCGGCGUUUCACCACACCGAGACUCUGCGGGUGACCUCGCCAAACCAGCUCGCCGAAAUGGCUGCUUUCAGGCAAGGAAAAUUUGAUGGAAAUUUCGAGCCUCUGGACCUUGCAGAAUUUACUAAAAAGCAACCAUGGUGGCGCAAGCUGUUCGGCCAAGAAUCUGGGCCCUCUGCCGAAAAGUACAGUGUGACCACCCAGCUGCUCAUAGGAGGCGUCACCGGAUGGUGCACGGGUUUCAUAUUCCAGAAGGUUGGAAAGUUGGCGGCAACAGCUGUGGGUGGUGGAUUUUUCCUCCUUCAGAUUGCAAACCAUACUGGUUACAUCAAGGUUGACUGGAAACGAGUAGAGAAAGAUAUGAAGAAAGCCAAGGAGCAGCUGAAAAUUGAUAAGAGCAACCAAAUCUCUAGCGAAGUCAAGAGCAAAGCAGAAGCGGUGGUAUCAUUUGUGAAGAAGAAUGUCCUUGUGACGGGGGGAUUUCUUGGAGGCUUUCUGCUGGGCAUGGCAUCCUAAGAUGGACACCUGUGUUCUUUUUCCCCCCAUUAUUUCAUCAGAAUAUGUCAGUUGCAUUUUUCCAACCAGAAGCCUCUACACUCCAUCAUAGGACAUUGAGUCUCCCUCCAUCUUCCUCUCCUCCUGUGCCUUCCUCCUGCACUGGCAGAUCAGAAUAGCUCUCUAUUGGUACAAGAUAACUUAGUACUGACCUGACUUGAACUUGCUGAUGAUGGAAGAGACAACAGACAUUAGCUUGUCCUCCCAGCACUCUCCCUACAUGGCUAGUCUGUAGGUCAGCAAGAAUGUGUCUCUCCCCAUCAUAAGCUGCAAGCUGGCCUACCCAGAAGGAUGAUUAGGUCCUAAAAUAUCACCCCAAAUUGUUGAUUUGGAAAAGAAAUAGCACAUAGACAUCUUGUCCUUACAUUCAGCACAGAAAGGACCUUGAAUACAUUUGCCUUCAUGCAUCAAAUACUGUGCUGUCUUGUCUACUUCUUUCAUUGGUUUUAUAUGAUAGAACAAGAACUGUUUAGACCUGUUACUAUUAUCCUGAUGUAAAUAGCAACAAAAACAUUAUCAUUUUAAAAAUGACUGUAGAAUGAACCUAGGGAGGUAUUGGUAGGAAGGUCUUUGGGGAACUGGUCCGUACCAUAGACUGGCCCAAUUUAGGAUGUGAUCUGCUGUCUCCCAGUGGUCCCAACUCUUAGCAUUUUUUUCAUAAAUAAAGCUUAAAAUCUUUGCACA